CUAGAGGCUGAGCUCGGUGAAGGCGGAAUACUAAGAAGGAGGCGUGUGGCGACAUUCACCCGCGGAGAUUAACCCCCGUUCGUUUUGGUGGACACUAUAAACAGCAGCCGUGCCCCGCCGCGCCCCCACCCCCAGCGGCGCCGUCAUGUGGCAGGAGGCCCGCAAACACGAGCGCAAGCUCCGUGGCAUGAUGGUAGACUACAAGCGCCGAGGCGAGCGCCGCCGCGAGUACUACGAGAAGAUAAAAAAAGAUCCUGCCCAAUUUCUACAAGUUCAUGGCCGAUCCUACAAGAUCCACCUGGACCCAGCUGUGGCGCUCGCUGCAGAAAGUCCUGCAAACAUGAUGCCGUGGCAAGGAGAUGCCAGCAACAUGAUUGACAGAUUUGAUGUGAGGGCCCAUCUGGACUACAUCCCGACUUACACUCCCCCUCUGCUCACUACAUCAACCCCAGAGCAUGAGAUGGAGGAGAGGAAGUGCAAUUAUGAGCGCUAUAGAGGUCUCGUACAGAAUGAUUUUGCCAACAUCUCAGAGGAGCAGUGUUUAUAUCAGAUCUACCUGGACGAGCUCUACGGUGGCCUGGCCAAACCAAACGAGGAUGAGAAAAAGAAACUUGCUGAGAAAAAGGUCGCCAUUGGUUACACGUAUGAAGACAGCACUGUGGCAGAGCCUCAUUCCCAGUCGGACAAAGAAGAGGACAAUUCAGAAAACAGUGAAUCUGAAGAGGAUGAGGGCAUUCCUGACAUUGAUGUGGAGGUUGAUGUUGAUGAGCUGACUCCUGAACAGCUGUUGGAUCUAAACAAAAUGGCGACUCCAUAUGGAAUGGCUGAAGGUGACUUUGUCAGGAUGUUGAAAAAAGACAAAGAGGAGGUGGAGGCUAUUAAACAUGCCAAAGCCUUGGAGGCAGAGAAAGCCAUGUACUCUGGCCGCCGCUCUCGCAGACAGAGGAGAGAGUUUAGAGAGAAGAGGCUAAAAGGGAGACAGAUCAGUCCACCGAGCUAUGCCAGAAGAGACAGCCCAACAUACGACCCUUACAAACGGCCAGAGUCGGAGUCCAGCUCUGAAUCCCGGUCGCGCUCUCGUACUCCCGGUCCGGAGAAGAUCACGUUCAUCACCAGCUUUGGAGGCAGCGACGAAGAAGCUGCACCAGCCACACAAACGGCCGCCCCUCUCUCUGGCCACGCCCCCUCCAGCUUGCAGCACUCUGCAGGUCAUAGCAGGGGCUCCCGGAGACGAAGGUCCUCCUCCAGCAGCUCCUCUUCCUACUCCUCUCGCUCCUCGUCCCGGUCCUCCUCUCGGUCCUCCUCCCGUUCACGCAGAGGCCGGCGAGGACACGCCAGGAGAGAUAGCCGCCGCUCACGGAGUCAUUCGCGAUCCAGACGACGCUCCAGAUCUCGCUCCAGAGGGAGAGGAGGAUCCUGGAGGAGACGCGACCGGACAAGAUCUCGGUCCAAUGACAGGGACAGAGGCAGAGAUAGAGACAGGGACAAAGGGAGAGAUAGGGACAGGAGACGAUAUUCAGCACGCAGACGGACAAGGUCUCGCUCCAGUUCACGGCAGGGUGGCGGUUUAAGGCAUGGAACUUGGAACAGUCGAGGACACCGGCGGAGAGACAGCAGCAGCCACAGUCCCUCUCCUUCUUCAAACCGCACAACCCACAGUCCCUCCCCUACCCACCGAGGGUCCCAGCCUGCUGCCAACUGCAUCUCUGAAAAACUGAGAAAGCCUGACACUCCGGGCGGUAAAGAGACGGGAGCUGCCAAACCAAAACUGACCCCCCAAGAGAGACUGAAGCUACGAAUGCAGAAGGCUCUCAACAAGCAGUCCAAGGCGGAUAAAAAAGCUGCUCAAGUGAAGAUCCAGCAGCAGGAACACAAGCGGCAGGAGCGAGAAGGAGAGCUACGAGCCAUGGCACGCAAGAUCCGUAUGAAGGAGCGGGAGCGACGUGAGAAAGAGCGGGACGAAUGGGAAAGACAGUACGGACGACAGAGCCAUUCUCCUUCUCCCUCCAAACAUGGCCGGGAAUACAGCUCAUACAAAAGAAGGUCGCGGUCUGACUCGCGCUCUCGCUCUCGGAGUCCACCUUACAGAUAUUGAACUGGACAGAUGGAGGAUGAGGAGCCUCUUACAGAACAAGAACUUUCUGUCAACACAAGCGACUCAACCAGAAUUGUAUCAUCAUGCACUGCUCACAUGAGAUGACUUUAGCCAAAAUGAUUUAAUCUGCUCUUUAGUUUCUGCUUCGGUUUGGAACGACUGGAGAACAUUUUUGGGUUCUUCACAUCUGCAUGUUACCUCUUUGUCCUCUUAUCUUCCUGGUCCUUUCUUUGGGAGAAACAUUUUCCAAAGUUUGAGACACAAAGCAAUACUAGAGGUUUUAAAAGGUAUCCACUUAAUGUUGGAAUCUUCUCCCCCCAUAUCUGUUUCUGUCAGAGUAAAAGUGGAAACUAAAGAUUAAGUUUAAAUGGGCUUUAACGUGUCAUUUCCAGAAAUAUCAAAUUAAAACCAUUUCACAAAAGCAGACCAGGUUUUUGCAUUGAAUUACUCUUUUUGUACUCUGUCUUCAGCUGGCUAAUAACACCAAACAACUUUUUUUUCUCUGUACUAUUUGAAUGUUAAAUAGAACAAAUAAAACUCAC